CUCGGGACGAAUGACUCACUGAAAAACACCUUGAGCAACUGAUAAGAACCCCCGAGUCCACCACACCACCCCAGGACUCGAAGUACUCCAGACACGCAUCUCAAUCAUCCAAUCUUGCAAAGACCGCAAUGGCGACCUCAUCCAAGCAGGCCCUCGAUCAUUUGAUCUUGUUCUUGCCGGUGGAUCCAAAUACCAAGUUCCCCAAACUCCCCUCCUUCGAAAAGAACUUCGCCCUCACACCCGGCGGCGUGCACGCAGACAACCUGACCUCCAACAUCCUGAUCCUGCUGGCCGACGGCUGCUACAUCGAACUUGUCAGCUUCAUCAACCCUAAUACCGAUGUGUCCAAACAUUGGUGGGCCACCGGCGUCCAUCAAUUCGGCUGGAAGGACUGGUGUCUGACUAACAACUCCUCGCCGAAUGAUAGCUGGCAGGCGAUAGGUGGAAAGGAAGGGAGUCACGACGAGCCUGUUGAGGGUGGGCGGAAGAGGAAGGAUGGCGUGGAUGUUAAGUGGGCUGUCACGUUUCCGAAGGGUGAGGAUGGGGGGCAGAAGAGUAGGGGGCGGGUGCCGUUUUUCUGUCAUGAUAUUACUGAGCGACGAGUCCGCGUGCCGCUGAGUGAGGAGAAGACAACACACUCUUCUGGAGUGCUGGGCGUGAAGGAGAUCACGGUGCUUGUGCGGGAUAAGGAGCUGUUGAAAGAAACAGGUGAUGUGUACGCACACCUAUUUGGGAAGGAGGGGGUGAGGAGGGGAGAUGAGGUGUAUUUCCAGACGUCGAGGGUGAAGGAUGUUAAGGGCUUGGAUGAGGGUGCGAGGGUGGUGCUGAGGUUGCCGAAGGAUAAGGAUGAGUUUAAGAGGCUGGAGAAAACGGGAUAUUGGUAUGGGGAUGUUGUGCUUGCUGCAACGGCUGGCCAGGGGAAGACGCUGGGUACGAGGAAGAGGCUCGAUGAGGGUGAUGAGAGUGUGCAGGGGAUUUGGGUUGAGUACGUUUGACUUGGCCGAAUAAAGGUAUCAUGCGUUGUUCAAGAGCAUAUCGGGGGCCGGAAGCCAGAGGGCAGUACACAGUGGUUCAACGACGGGGUCUUUGUAGUGAACCAUGGUUCACUCUUCAAUGCUCCCAUUAAUCGACUACCACUCAAAUCUCCAAUACUUUACUUCAUAUAUAGAACCGCACUAACUCAAACGC